AUGCCCACUUGACUCUAAAAGUUUGUUGAUGUUGAUCCAUUUUGAUUUGACACAUUUCUUGAGAAAUGUAUCCAUAGUUUAAUUUUGCCACAUUUGAAGGAUUUAUAAUCCAGCUCAGAUGAAACCUUUUCCUUAAGAUUAACCUAGAUUCAUCUUCCUCUCCUCCCACAUCUCUGAAAGUACAUGUUUUCUUAGACUUCUUUGGAGUCUAUAGCUGUUAAUGUUGUCAAGUUCAGAGAAUCUAGAAUCACCUUGGAGGGAUAUGGGUCUCCAGGCAUGCCUGUGAAGGAUUUUUGAUUGAGUUGAUUAAUGUGUGAGGUCCAACCCAAUGUGGAUAGUACCCUAUAGGAUCUAGGACUGUAUAAGUAGGGAAAGGAAACUGAGCAUCAGCAAGCAUCCAUUGCUCUGCCUCCGGUUUGUGGAUUCCACAUGACUGAUCUUCAGGCUCCUGACACCCUGAGUUCUCCUCCAAGAUGAACUCUCUCAAAGAACUGUGAGGUAGUCACCUCUUUCUUCCUUAAGUUGCUUUUGUCACAGUAUUUAUCACACUAACAGGACAAGAAAUGAAGAUUGAAUUCAUCAUGUGCUCCUCACUGUCUUACAACAAUGUCAAUAAAAUAAAAAUGGCUGACUGGGUCCAGGCCACUUCUGCCUCUCAGUGUGGUACAGUAGAAGACACCCAAGCUGCCUGCCUCACCACUUCAAACCCCCUUCUAGCCCACCAUCCAAAGAUAGGGAAGAAAAGAUGAUAAAUAGGACAAGAAGAUGUAGACCUGUGUAGAAGUAGUUCUUUAAAGCAAUUCCAAUCUCUGUUUGUCAGAAUACCAGCACAGUAUUCAGUAGUGUUAGGAUACCAAACACAAACAAGCAGCAGUUGCAUGAUCCAACAGAAACUGCCAGGCCUCCACUAAAUUGGCAUGAGUCAGUGGGAAUGACCUGGACCAACCAAGGACACCAUGAGAAGUUCUCUACCAUGCCUCUCUCAAACAAACUGAAGACCAGCAAAGACAAAGAUGCAAGACAAAUGUAUACUUUCUCCAAACAUCACUUGUCCUCCAAUGGAUCUUGCCUCAGAAAAUUACCAGAUGAGUCUGCCUUACCGUGUGCGUUUGCAAUGCCUGGCAUAUCCAGAAACUUCCACUUCACCAGUGGUUUACAAGUUUCACUUAAAAAAUAUUUGUGGCGGACCCCAGGCCGCAGCUCCCGGCGUGACUGCAGCCGCUCCUGGCGUGGCCGCAGCCGCUCCUGGCGUGGCCUCCUCCUGGCGUGGAAGCCCGGGAAGGCUCCGGGGGAAGCGCCUCUCACCGUCGACCGGCCUGCGGGAGGCGUUCUGUCCAUUCGGCGAGCCUCGCUCGCUCGCUCUUCGCUUUCUGCCGCUGCUGCCGCCGCCUCCUUCGAGCCCGAGUCGGAGCGACGGGGACCACGGCGGGGGUCAGAGGGUAAAGGUCUUGCUCCCAGCAGCCUCCGCGGUGGAUACGUUGCCAUCUUGGAUCCGCAGGACAAGAAAAUUCAUGCGUACUGUGAGGAAAGGACAGGACUCUAUGUGAGGACUGAUGGACAUACAUUAUCUGAGAAAAGAAACUACCAGACUGCACAGGUGACAAACAGCAUGUUUGGUGCUUCAAGAAAGAAGUUUGUAGAGGGGGUGGACAGUGACUACCAUGAUGAGAACAUGUACUACAGCCAGUCUUCUGUGUUCUCACAUCGGUCAGAGAAAGAUCUGCUGGCAUCGCCAUCUCCAUCAGGUCAGCUGUCUCAAUUUGGGGCAAGUUUAUAUGGGCAACAAAGUGCACUAGGCCUUCCAGUGAGGCGGAUGAGCAACAAUACCCCUCAGUUAAAUCGCAGCUUAUCACAAGGCACGCAGUUACCGAGCCACGUCACGCCAACAACAGGGGUACCAACAAUGUCACUUCACAUGCCUCCAUCUCCAAGCAGGGGUAUUUUGCCUAUGAAUCUUAGGAGUAUGAUGAACCACUCCCAGGUUGGUCAGGGCAUUGGAAUUCCUAGCAGGACAAAUAGCAUGAGCAGUUCAGAGUUAGGUAGCCCCAACAGAAGCUCGCCGAGCAUAAUAUAUAUGCCAAAGCAACAGCCAUCUCGACAGCCUUUUACUGUGAAGAGUAUGUCUGGAUUUGGAAUGAACAGGAAUCAGGCAUUUGGAAUGAAUAACUUCUUAUCAAGUAACAUUUUUAAUGGAACAGAUGGCAGUGAAAAUGUGACAGGAUUGGACCUUUCAGAUUUCCCAGCGUUAGCGGACGGGAAUAGAAGGGAAGGGAACAGCAACCCAACUCCUUUAAUAAACCAUUUGGCUGGAAGAGCUCCUUAUGUUGGAAUGGUAACAAAACCUGCAAAUGAGCAAUCCCAAGACUUCUCAAUACACAACGAAGAUUUUCCAGCAUUACCUGGUUCCAGCUAUAAAGAUCCAAUGUCAAGUAAUGACGACAGCAAAUCUAAUUUAAGUACAUCAGAGAAGACGACUACAAGUACAGAUGGACCCAAAUUCCAUGGAGAUAAAAGUUCAACAACACAAAACAAUAAUCAGCAGAAAAAGGGAAUCCAGGUGUUACCUGAUGGUCGAGUUACUAACAUUCCUCAAGGGAUGGUGAUGGACCAAUUUGGAAUGAUUGGCCUGUUAACAUUUAUCAGGGCAGCAGAGACAGACCCAGGAAUGGUACAUCUUGCUUUAGGAAGUGACUUAACAACAUUAGGUCUCAAUCUGAACUCAUCUGAAAAUCCCUAUCCCAAAUUUGCAUCACCCUGGGCUUCUUCACCUUGUCGGCCUCAAGACAUAGACUUCCAUGUUCCAUCAGAAUAUUUAACAAACAUUCACAUUAGGGAUAAGCUGGCUGCAAUCAAACUUGGCCGAUAUGGAGAAGACCUCCUCUUCUAUCUGUAUUACAUGAACAGCGGGGAUGUAUUACAACUCUUAGCUGCAGUAGAGCUUUUUAACCGUGAUUGGAGAUACCACAAGGAGGAGCGGGUAUGGAUUACCAGGACACCAGGCAUGGAGCCAACGAUGAAAACCAACACGUAUGAGCGGGGGACCUACUACUUCUUUGACUGUCUCAACUGGAGGAAAGUAGCUAAGGAGUUCCAUCUGGAAUAUGACAAAUUAGAAGAGCGACCUCACCUGCCAUCCACAUUCAACUACAACCCUGCUCAGCAAGCCUUCUAAAAAGACUUCCCUUUUCUUUGGGUAUGGCUGUCUCAGCACAAUACUCGACAUAACUGCAGAACUGAUGUGGCUCAGGCACCCUGGUUUUAAUUCCUUGAGGAUCUGGCAAUUGACUUACAUAAAUGGUCACCAUUUGAGGUCCUGCCUUACCAAUUAUGUGCUGCCCAACAACUAAAUUUGUAAUUUGUUUUCUCUAGUUUGAGCAGGGUCUGAAUUUUUUUCAUUUAUUUUCUUUUUGCCAGCAGACAGACUUGGGUCUAUAAAGACAAGCAAGUACACUGACAGAAGUUACCAUUUAGUUUCUUAAAUGUAAAAAAAGAAAACCCACAAAAGACUCAACAAAAUUAGACCACAAAAUUUGCAUUGUUCAUUGUAGCACUAUUGGUAAUAAAAGAACAGAUGUUUGUGCAUUUUUAUGUGAAGAUCCUUCUCCUAUUUCAUUUGGAAAGAUGAGCAAGCUCUGCUUCUUUCAUUUUACUUCCCCUUGUGGUUCUGAAAGGCAGUUUGGCCAGGCUUACUGCAGGCAUCCGACUGUGCAGAAAUUGCCACAGUCUCUGGGGGCUCCAGGGCUAUGCUGUAAUUGAGCUUCAUCUUUCCAGAAUGAGCAAAACACUGUCCAGUCUUUGUUACGAUUUUGUAAUAAAUGUGUACAUUUUUUUUUUAAUUUUGGACAUCACAUGAAUAAAGGUAUGU